AGCCCCCCCCCUCCACCGCCUCCUCCUCCUCCUCCGGCUUUCGCGUGUUUGUUCCGUGUGCUCGGCGUUGGCCGGCCCGUGUGUGUGUGUGUCGCGCGCGUGUGUGUGUGUCGUGUGUUAGCGAUGGUGGUGUCUGUGUGUGCCUGUGUGUUUAUUCCUGCGUGUUUAUUCCUGCGUCUCCUCGCCUCUUGUUGACUCUCUCCGCCGUGUGCUAAGGGGGGAAGGGGGAGGCCGUUGCACACUCUCUCGUGUGUGUGUGUGAUUGUGUUUGUGUGUGAUUGUGUGUGAGUGUGUUGUGUGUGCAAGUCUCGCUCUGUGUGUGUGUACGCAAAAGUUGUACGUUUGCAUGUACUGUAAGUCUUGCCUGUGUUGUACGUGUGCUGGGUACUUUGUAAUGUGUGUACGAUACAGUGUGCAUUACAUUACUUUGCGUGUGUUUCCGUGUGCGUGAAUCCGUUUGUGUGUACCCAAGUGUACAUUUCGUGUACAGUACUGUGUGUGUUCUUGUGUUUCUUUGUGUACAUUACAGUAUACAUUACACAUACAGUACUGUGUAUUCUUGUGCGUGUCUGUAUGUGUGUAUCUCUAUAUGUACCUUGGUGUGUGUGUGUAAGUGUAUAAGUGUGUAUGCGUGUCCGUUCAUCGCAACCACCUCCGCCUUGACAUCUCUUCACCUACAGUGAGACCGGCUGCUGGCGGCAGCAUCGCGUUAUCUUAAACGGGCCCUAAACAUCGUGCCCUAAACACCGUGCCCUAAACACCAUGAUGGACUCGGACCAGGACUCCAACCAGGACGAGGCACCCUCCUGGGGAUCGGCGGCCGCCCCGGAGGAGCCGCGCCGGGCCGCAGGCCGAGAGGCUCCGCGAGGCCCCCCCGAGCUGAGGCGGACUCUGGAGCAGGAGCGAGCAGCGUCACCCGCGCUGGACGGGCCCCGUCGACGAUCUCCAAGGUACCUGGAUGCGAACCUGAACGAGGCGUUCCCGUGGGACGAGGCCCAAGACCGAGCAGCCCCACCGCGAUACGCGGCCCAGCACCGCCAUGCGGACCCGCUCAACUGGGACCAGGACCAGCGAGACCUACGCUACUGGGACCAGGCUCCCGCUGCGGGGUCGCUCCGCGUCGACCAAGAAGGCGAGCGGGGUGACCCGCGCGACUGGCGGCUGGACCCGGAGCCCGCCGCGUCCCCGCCGCGGGUCCCGGGCCAGCGUGGGGGGUCCCCGCAGCUGCGCGCCCGCCGCCGCCUCUUCUCGUGCCCCUCCGGCGCCCGCGGCUCCACCGCAGGUGCGGACGUGCGGCAGCAGCUGCGCUCGGUGGCCGAGAGGGACCGCCUCAAGUGGAACUUCGACUUCGAGUCGGAGCAGCCGCUGCCCGGCGGAGACUUCGCGUGGGAGGCCGUUCCCGCGGCCUCGGUGUGCGCCUUCUAUCGGCCCGUGAACCUGCGCAGGGCCGGUAAGCGCGUGUCGGACAACGUAGCGGCAGCGGCGUCGUCGUCUUCUUCUUCGUCUUCGUGCCCUCCUCGUGUGUCCUCCUCGUCGUCCGCAUCCUCCUCCUCCUCGUCGUCCAGCUCGUCUCCCUCAUCGGCCACUGUUAGUCCAGAGCCGAGUGGGCCAGGCCCUGGACCGCCAAGCUCCAGGGAGGCGAGCAGAGGAGGUAGGGGAGGAGUUGGUGGAGAUGGAGGCGGUGGAGGAGUCGGUGAUGCCACGGGAUCUCCUGCAGGUAGAGAAUGCUCCGUCACCUGCGUGCCGCGCAAGAGGAGCAAACUCAGUGGGUCGCGGCGACGGGCUAACCCUGCGCUGUGCGCCUCACGGACGGCGUCCCCCGCAGCCCGGGGUUCCACCACGUGAGCGACGUGACCCCCGCCGCCUCCUCCGCGCCGCCCCCUGCCCCCUCACCCCCGGCGCUCGGGGUCAAGUCGCGCCUCGGCACCCCGCGAGAGACGCCCGCUGCCCUCGCAUGGAAAAAAAAACCCCACAACUGCGGUGCCAAAUUUUGCGGAAGAUUUGCAGGCACUCUUGAUGCGCUUGAGGAUAUGGAAGAGCGAAAGUGUGGGCCCGUUAGUUUUUAUGACUCGUCCGGAGCUGAAGUGGCCGAGUGGCCCUGGCGGUCGAAUAAUUUUUUCAGAGUUAUCUUUAUCUAGGCGAAAUCUGAUGACCUUUGAAGCUCUUAUUCACAGAUGUCCAGUUUGUGCAGGAUCGACGGUGUGAUUCCUUCCCCGCCGCCCGCAAACUUACGUGGGGAGUUAACGAAACACUCUGUCCACUGCAAAAUUGGAACAAUGAAAUCCCUAUGAUGUUAUGUGCCAAUUUUUGGCCCAUUGCGUGCUGGAUUCUAAAUUCCAACGAAUAAUACUGUAUUGCUACUUUUGUCAUGAAAACAAAUCCCAGGUGUCUCCCCUGCAAGAACCGAUGAUGGAACUAGGCUCUCGCACGGCUGCCCUGAAAAAAGGAAGUCUCUGGGAGGCACAGACAAUGGGGCCAUGGCCAUUUGACAAGAGGGGGGCACUCGCGUGACGGGUAGAACUCGAGGGGGGCCCUAGCAUGGUGUUCGUGUUGCCCAGCAUAGGUUGAAGAGGACCUUGAAGAUCAGACACGUUUGCAGCUAAAAGUCGUGACCUCUGUAGUCCUAUAGAAUUUGAAUUGACUCAAUUUUUAUUGGAGUCGACGUGUGUCCUGGUCUACCAUCACAGCCUCCGAUCGGACAGCGCCAUAAUGAAUCCUGUGCGAUACCAAGUGAUUUAGAAGUGCCCCCCGAUAGGACCGAUGGUAGAUUUUUGUAUUAUGCGUUGUGUGCCUCACAGCAAAAAGGGCCUGGGUUCACUUCCCGACAAGUGCCUUUCUGUGUGUAUGUGUGAUUCUUUUCUGUACUUUCUCCCCCCCUGUUCUGCACGGGUUUCUUCCGGGUUCUCCGGUUCUCCUCCCCUAGCUCAAAUAAAAUACAAUGUAUACUGGUCUUGGCCAAAUA